AUGGGCGUGUCUGCUAAUGAUAGACAGGCUGUGGCCAACGCCUCGGGCCAGAGCAAUGAGCCCAUGAGCAAGCCUGCACAUGCGCUAUCCAUCCAACAAGUCGUUGACGAGCUCGGCGCAAAUACCCUGGAUGGCCUAUCCGAGGCAGAAGCCAACAUACGGCUUCAAAAAUACGGCAAAAAUGACCUCGGUGAAGCUGAGGGUGCGCAGCCCAUCAAGAUUAUCAUUGCACAGAUCGCCAACGCCAUGACUUUGGUUCUGAUUCUCGCCAUGGCCGUCUCUUUCGGAAUCAAGUCCUACAUCGAGGGCGGCGUCAUCACGUUCGUCAUCCUUCUCAACGUCGUCGUCGGCUUCUUCCAGGAAUACUCGGCCGAGAAAACAAUGGAUUCUCUGCGCUCUCUCUCGUCUCCAACCGCAACCGUGGUUCGGGAUGGCGAUUCCAAAGUUAUACCCUCUGACCAGAUUGUCCCUGGCGACCUCGUCGAAAUCAAGACAGGCGAUACAAUUCCCGCUGACCUCCGGCUGAUCGAGGCAGUCAACUUUGAGACUGACGAAGCUCUCCUCACGGGCGAGUCCCUACCGGUUCGUAAAAAUGAAGACGCCGUCUUUGAUGAUGCGACUGGCCCUGGUGACCGCCUCAACGUCGCCUAUAGCUCCUCCACCGUCACCAAAGGUCGUGCCAAGGGAGUCGUCUUCGCAACCGGUACCUUUACAGAGAUUGGCGCCAUCGCCUCUGCCCUUCAGAAGAAGGAUAGCAGAGUCCGUCCCGUGAAGCGCAAGCCUGAUGGUUCUGCCAAGCCUCAUCGAUACCUCGAGGCCUAUACACUGACCUUGACCGACGCCAUUGGCCGUUUCCUCGGCGUCAAUGUCGGCACGCCGCUUCAGAAGAAGCUCUCCAAGCUGGCAAUCCUUCUCUUCGGUGUUGCCGUCGUCUGUGCCAUCAUCGUUCUCGCCGCCAACGAGUUUGACUCUAGGCAAGAAGUCAUCAUUUAUGCCGUUGCCACGGGCUUAUCCAUGAUUCCGGCGAGCUUGGUUGUUGUUUUGACCAUCACCAUGGCCGCAGGUACCAAGCGAAUGGUCCAGCGGAACGUCAUUGUGCGAAAUCUGAGGUCUCUCGAGGCCUUGGGCGCAGUCACCGAUAUCUGCUCUGACAAGACCGGCACCCUAACCCAAGGCAAGAUGGUUGCUCGGGGUGCAUGGAUGCCUGGUAAAGGGACUUACACCGUUGAGAACUCGUCAUCGCCAAUGGAUCCGACCGCUGGCGAUAUCCGUUUCGAUCCACGCCAGCCUCGCGAGAUCAACUUUGGCCAAGAUGGCGAUGCCUGUGGCACCAUUCCCUCUGUCAAGGAGCUCCUCUCCCAGAGCACCAGUGCCCUUACCGACUUUUUGCACGUUGCAUCCCUUGCCAACCUCGCGACUGUCGUUCAAAAAGAUGGUGAAUGGCGUGCUCGAGGUGAUCCCACUGAGAUUGCCAUUCAGGUUUUUGCUUCUCGGUUUGACUGGAAUCGUCUUCGCCUGGUAGGCCAUGAUGAAAACCAAUACAGUGAAGUUGCUGAGCUACCCUUUGACUCCGAUGUCAAGCGCAUGUCUGUCAUCAUGAAGAAUAAUAGCUCGGGCAAACUAUUCGCAUUCACCAAGGGCGCGGUGGAGCGUGUUAUUGGAUCGUGCAGCACCUACUGCCCCAAUGAUUCGAACGACGCUGUUCCUCUCACUGAAGAGUUUCAGCAGGAGAUUCUCCAAAACAUGGAGGCUUUCGCGGGCAUGGGGCUUCGCGUCCUUGCUCUAGCGUCCAAGCCGUAUCAUAUCGAGCUGAAGAAGGGAGACGAGGUUAACCGUGCUUCUGUUGAGCGUAACCUUGUGUUCAGGGGCCUCAUCGGCCUCUACGAUCCUCCCCGUCCCGAGUCCGCCCCUGCUGUGCAAGAAUGUCACAAGGCGGGCAUCACAGUUCACAUGCUGACUGGUGAUCACCCCGAGACCGCCAAGGCCAUUGCGCGUGAGGUUGGCAUCCUGCCCUCACGUAUGGACAUGGUCUCCGUGGAUAUUGCAAGAGCCAUGAUCAUGACGGCUGCCCAAUUUGAUGCCCUCUCGGAUGAGCAAGUCGACCAACUACCCGUCCUGCCGCUCGUUGUAGCUCGAUGCGCCCCAAGCACAAAGGUCCGGAUGGUUGAAGCCCUUCACCGCCGCAAGAAGUUUUGCGCCAUGACUGGAGAUGGUGUCAAUGACUCUCCCUCGCUUCGCCGUUCAGACGUUGGUAUUGCAAUGGGCCAGUCUGGCUCCGACGUUGCCAAAGAUGCUUCUGACAUUGUCCUCACCGAUGACAACUUUGCCUCCAUUGUUGCCGCGAUUGAAGAAGGCCGCCGCAUCUUUGACAACAUCCAAAAGUUUGUUCUUCAUGUUUUGGCGGAGAAUAUUGCCCAAGCUGUCACCCUUCUUGUCGGCCUUGCGUUCAAGGACAGCUCGGGUCUCUCGGUAUUUCCUCUGACCCCCGUGGAAAUCGUCUGGAUCAUCAUGGCUACUUCGGGUCUGCCCGAUAUGGGUUUGGGUUUUGAGCGUGCGGUGCCGGGCAUUCUCGACCGUCCUCCCCAGUCCCUAAAGAGUGGCAUUUUUACGCUUGAGUUUUACGUCGACAUGGUUGUUUAUGGUCUUUGGAUUGCAGCGCUCUGCCUCAGUGCUUUCGUACUCCGCGUGUAUGCUUGGGGCGACGGAGAGCUUGGUCUUGGCUGCAACGACGGCUACAAUGAUAGCUGCGAGACGGUAUUCCGCGCUCGUGCAACCACGUUUGCUUGCCUCACGUGGUUUGCCCUCUUUCUGGCAUGGGAGAUGGUUGACAAACGACGAUCCUUUUUCCGUAUGCAGCCUGGUUCUGACAAGUACCUCACCCAGUGGAUUCACGAUGUCUGGCGCAACCAGUUCCUUUUCUGGGCGGUCAUGCUCGGCUUUGUGACCCUCUUUCCUGUUCUCUAUAUCCCUGUUAUCAACACCAAGGUCUUUAAACACAAGGGCAUUAGUUGGGAAUGGGGCAUUGUGUUUAUCGCUGCCGGGCUCUUCUUUGCUGGGGUUGAGGCGUGGAAGUGGUGCAAGCGUCUCUUCUAUCGUCGACAGUUGCGCAAGCAGCACGACGUGGGCCGGAAAGAUGCAGACAUUGAGAAACGCAUUUUUGGCGCGUAUUUGGACUUGUCUGCUAGCAGCAGCAGCGCACGCGAUGAUGAGGAAAUGCCCCGUCAAUGA